UAUCCGAAACAGACAAACAACCUUAUAUAAUCUGCAGUUCUAUCAUAUCACGAGCAUCAUUGUAAGAAUAUCAGCAAUAACUGCAAGGCCUCUGACCACCGAGGGUCAAGGAAUGACUGCCCACAACACUUGUUCAACGGAAGGAACUUGUUCUUCUUAACCAACAAUAUAAAUAUCUGUUACAAUUUCUCAUUGUUUUUCAGUCUUUGUUGUUUUUCUUGGAAUUGUUUCUGGUAUUCUUUCUCUAGCAUGGCAAUUCAACCAUAUUAGUUCAUUGAAUCUGAAUACAUCAACCUGUCAGGCAUGGCUUUGCAUUGCAUUGCUCCAAUUUCGGUUCCAAUUUCUACAGCUUGCAAACCAAGUAAGUUGGGUCGGUUCAAUAUAUCAUGCUCAAGCCUUCCAACUCGAACUAUGCACAAGGAUACUAGGUGGUCUCUUCAUGGAAAAAGUGCCCUUGUCACUGGGGGAACUAAAGGAAUUGGAUAUGCUAUUGUAGAAGAAUUGGCAGCACUUGGUGCAACUAUACAUACAUGCUCGAGGAAUGAAAGCCAUCUAAUGGAAUGCAUAAACGAUUGGCAAGCAAAAGGUUUUGAAGUGACUGGUUCAGUAUGUGAUGUAUCCUCAGGAGUUCAGCGACAAAAGCUAUUAGGUUCAGUUGCUGAUGAGUUUGAUGGAAAGCUCAACAUACUUAUAAACAAUGUGGGAACAAACCCAAGAAAAUCAACACUAGAUGUGAACGCAGAGGACUUCUUAUUCACAAUAAGCACUAACCUUGAAUCUGCAUAUAACAUUUGCCAACUUGCACAUCCGCUCUUGAAAGCAUCAGAAGGAGGAGCAAGUAUUGUUUUUAUAUCUUCUGUUGCUGGUGUUGUAUCAGUAAAUACUGGAUCCAUAUAUGCUGUAACUAAAGGAGGCAUGAACCAACUUACAAAGAGCUUGGCAUGUGAGUGGGCUAAAGAUGAUAUAAGGACUAACUGUGUUGCUCCUUGGGCUACCAGAACUCCACUUACUGAAGCUGUUCUUAGUGAUGAGCAUUUCUUGAAGUCAGUUGUGGCUCAAACCCCACUUAAGCGUGUCGGAGAGGCAGAGGAUGUCUCUUCACUCGUAGCAUUCUUAUGUCUGCCUGCAGCCUCCUACGUAAAUGGGCAAGUCAUUUGUGUAGAUGGAGGGAUGACAGCCAACGGCUUUACUUUCUGAUGGAUUCCUACGAGAAAUAAUUACACACAAUCAUUCUUGAUUUUGCAUUGAUCUUCAAAACAUUGCAAUGUAAACCACAAAAUUUUGCUUGAUUUCCUUGGCAAAUUUUGUACUUUUUACAAGUUUAGGUACCCCUGUAAUAGACAAUAAACAAGUAUGGAAGGUAAUUCCUGACAAACUCUUGAAUCUCAUCAUAGAUGAUUUCACCGCAUGUGGUAAUUACCAUUGCGUGAGACACUAAGAGAUUUACCAUUUGCCAAGCUCCCUUUGAUAAAUGGGUUUGGCAAUAAGAUACUUCUUUUGGUUUUCUUUGCA